UGUACUUCUUUAUUUUAACAUUUUUACCUUAAGCUCCACCGAAUUCCUUAUGGAACUGCUUGAUUUUGAAAACUUGCUACUACGUUAUGUUAUUGUACUAGCGUUUUCGGGGAUAUUAGAUUACUGAUUUACUGAAUUUUAGAAUUUAGAAAUGUGUUAAAUGAAUUCCUGUCAUUGGAGCAGCCAUAGGUAUUUAAACUAUUGAUCCAGCAGCCGAAACUGGCGCUUUUCUAUUUUUAUUUAUAAAACUUACGACCAGCUGUUGCCAUUAAAGGGUACGGACGCUGACUGGUAGUUGUUAUAGAAGUUUUCACAAAUAUGUUGUUUGUGUAAAGAAAUCUUUGUGAAAAACUGGCUUGCAAUGAAGUUGAGUUAUGGUUCCAAAGCUGCAUUAUGGGGAUAGAAAGUCUCACUAUAGAAUUAGACAAUCCUGUUGGAAUUUAUUUUCCUGGAGAGGAAGUGUCUGGAGUACUUCACAUCUCAAAUGUCAGCAGUAAAAUACUGAAAGGAAUACACCUGGAAUGUCAAGGCUGUGCAAAAUUUUGUUUCAAAGAAUUGAGUAGUCAGACUUACUAUUCAGCUGAAGAAACUUAUCUAGACCUGAUUAUUCCUCUAAUUACCAAUGAAGGCAGAGAAACAUUUGAACUUGUCAGUGGAGUUCACCAAUUUCCAUUUGUGUUUGUACUUCCAAAAAUUCUCUCUUCAUUUCAAACUGAGAUGUUGGAAAAAUUUGGCUAUGGCCAUGUCAAAUACUCAAUCAAAGUAGUUUUGAAGAGAUCUUCACGUCAAGCAAAUGGAGAAACCUGCUACAUUCCAUUCACUGGAGUUUUGAAGCCGUCAUGGAAACCAAAUUACGAAUAUGUGCUCGCUUUUACAGUUAAAACCAUUGUUGACUUAAAUACAAUCCCAAAAGCAGCAGUAAAAUUAUUUCUACAUGAUAAGUUAACAUAUUGUCACACGAGUUGUAUUGGGACAAGAACAAACAAAUACAACAAGUGAUGACUUAAA